CCAGAUAAGCUGAUAUCCAGUCUGGUGAAAUAUUAUUAUUCCUGGAAGAAAACUCGCAGUCGAACGAGUGUGAUGGACAGACAAGCUCGCAAACUAGUUCACAAGAAAGAGCGAGAGGACAGUAAUGAUGAACUGGAGGACGGGGCUGUACCCAUCGCUGACGACAGCGAUUACGAACCUGACGUGAAACGAGAGGCCGGAGAGAGUGAGAGACGCAGGCGCCCCGGGGAGCUGAGACCGGUGAACGGGAAGACGGUGCUGGUGAAGCGCGAGUCCCAGAGCAGCCAAUACCGGCACCACCCCCCGCGCUCAAAGCGACGCCCGCCCAGAGACAUGUACCUGAGCCAAGAGGAAGUGGCCGGAGUCUCCGCCAACCCCAACGCCUCCGGCAUCUCCCUCCGGCAGCUCGACUCCCAGCUCAUCUCCAUCAAACGCCAGGUACAGACAAUAAAGCAAAUUAACAGUUCGUUGAAACAGACCUUGUGUGGAGGGAUUGACAAGCUGAGACCGCCCGAGCUCAUCCCCAAAUUCAACUCCCGCUGGACAACAGAGGAGCAACUCUUAGCUGUUCAAGGAAUCCGGAAAUACGGCCGGAAUUUCCAGGCCAUUGCGGAGGUGAUCGGGAACAAGACGGUGGCUCAGGUCAAGACCUUCUGCAUCAGUUACCGGCGACGCUUCAACCUGCAUGAGGUCCUCCAGGAGUGGGAGGCGGAACAAGGCCCCCCUGGCAGCCUGGGGGAGGAGCUCGGGCUGGGGGAGGGGCUGGGCCUCGGGGAGGGGCUUGGGGGGGGCAAGAGCCCCAGCCCCUCCCUCGCCAGCAGCGAGGGCGAGGAGGACCAAGAGACCGAGGAGCCGGAGGAGGAGAUUCAGCUGCUGCCAUUGGCUGUCCCGUCGGCCCAGGUUUCUCUGACUCCGCCCCCCCUGUCUCAGCCCCCACCCCUUCUACGGCCAGUCCUGCCCACGGCCCCCGCACUCCUCCGCCAGCCGCCCCCCCUCCAACAGGGCCGCUUCCUCCAAUCCCGGCCCUCCCUCAACCAGCCCCCUCCCCCCCUCAUCCGGCCGGCCAUCGCCAGCGCCCGCCACGCCCCCGCCCCCUCCUCCCCUCCCUCAGCGCCCACCUCCCCACCCUGA